UACAGACAAACUAAAAGCUCUGUAUUGUUGAUGCCGACUGUGACUGUUGACGGGAAAGAAAAGGAAAUUGCAGAAAAGAAUAAUCAGCAGGUUUACCAAAAAGUCCCUUCAUCUGUAAGGCAGCAACCUGAAAUCACACAGAGAACUGAGCUUAAGGGUCCAGUUGCUGCUACGUAUGACUGUCCUGUCAAUAAUAACAUCCAGAGCCCUGAACCUAAAGAUUCUGUGUUUUGCCCUGUUCAGACUGUGGAUAACAAUACUUGUGCAUCGGAUUCCUUUUACGUCCCUCCUGGAACACCUAACUUUCUACCAUAUUCUGAGAAGUCCCCAACUCAUGCAGGUGACACCGUAACUGUUGAUGAGAACACCCAUAAUCCAGUUCAUACCUCACAAGGAUUAACCCUUGGAAUGUCUGUGGCUUCCACAUCUAUCCAAAAAUGUGCACCUGAGCCUGUAAAUGGAUGUCCCAGUAAAAAGAUUAAACUGGCUGGUUCCGUGGUUUCAGAAACUUUGUAUUCUGAAUCUCUGAAUGCUAAUCAUGUGACUAAACCAGUUAUGAAUUCUGUAGCUAAGGAGUUGGAGACAACCUGUCUAUCAAAUCGUUCAGAUGCAUUACUUGACCAAAGUCCUCACAGCUCCCCCAGCAAACUGCACAGAAAGGUGAAAGGAUUGGUGCGCAAGGCAAGGAAACAGGAGGACCUCCCUGCCACGCCUGUACGUAAGGUGUCCGUUCCUGUGGAAGAAUAUGAAUUGAGUUCACCCAGAGACAGACUUCUAUCAUUAUUUGAGACCAGCGAAGCGCAGUCAGAGUUCUGUGGGUUCUCUUGCAAGUCUGAUAGUUUACCUCGUGGUAUGGAUGUCAAAAAGGAACAUCCAGCUUCCAAAGACAACUUUAAUUGGUGCUUGUUUUCAACCACUAGUUCUUCUGCUGAGACGUUUUAUGGGUUUUAG